AUGCUGGCCAUGCUGCUGUUCUUCUUCAUCUUGAUUCAGUCUUGCAUGGGCUUUCAACCAGCCCUCAAGAUCCACGAUCUCUCCUCAAGUCUCACCGAUCUUGCAGGCACUGAGCUUUCCUCCACCAAGGUUCGCAUCACAGAAGGCAUGCACUCAAUCAUCAACACCAUGAACAAAGUUGAGAAACUUCCUUCUUGUCAGAAGCUGGCUUCUCAAUCUCUACUCAACACUUGUUCUGAGAUCGACCAUGAUACUAGUCUCGCUACUGAUCAAGGCAUUGAUGUCAUGCUGGAACGCUCAAAAUCUAUAUACGCUACACGUUUGGCUAUCUGUGAGUUGUUGGACGCCAAGGCCAACAUUCCUGCUUCUUGCUCGCCCUUCAGACCUGUCGAGCAGGCCUCCAAAGUCAAUGGCUUCCGUGGGUUCAUCAUCAACGGUCGAUUCACCAAGCCUUCCGUCCCGCGCAACCUCGACGACGGUAAUGACCUUGACCAAUGCUCAUUGUCACUUUCUUCUAACCCAGUCUGGUGGACCAGCUACUCUAAUGCGCGUCAGAAUGCAGUGCUGCUUUGCCACUCCAUGAGAGCCGAGUUGGACAAAGACAGUAUGCUGGAAUCGAUGAAGCUCAUGAUGGAGGCAAUGAUGGAAGCAACUGUUGUCAUGGCCAACACAACCGAAGAGAAACUGGCUUUCACCAGACAGUGGACCGAGAUGGGCAAUGGCAUGCAAGCAUUCCAUCUCGCCUUGAACACUGACCUUGAGAUCCAGAAACGCAUUGUUGAUCAGUGGGCUCGAUUCCAAGCCGACGUCAACGAUCUUGGAAACAACAUUCAAGAUCUUGGCAGGGAUGUGAAGCGUGUCCGUGAGGCAUCUUCUCAUAUCGCUUCCGAUCUUGAGGACCAUCGUCUUCGAGCUCAACAUGCACAGGCAGAAAUGACACAGCAUUUCAGCCAGGUGCUGAACAUUGCUAUCCAGAUCGACCGCUCACAGGACAGCUCGCUAGCCAACUCGUUGGCUCUGGAUGAACAGAAUCAACAACUUGCACGUAUGCUGGCUCGUAACGCCGAGACUGCGCGAGCACUUCACCACCAGACUGAGAUCUUGCUCGACGCCAUCUUUACCGUCACCGAAAACGUGACAGAUGCCGCAAGGACAGUCUCCGAGUUUCACAACGACAUUCAUAAUCUCCCUACCAAGGUCAUCCAGCAGGUCUUCGAAGCUUCGAUUGGCGGUUUCCCUUUUGGCUGUCUCUCAGUCGUGGUGCUAUCCAUCUUCUGGUGCCUCAGCUUUGCUGCUCUCGACACCUGGGGUCCAUUUCGUGCAAGAAGUUCAGUCGUUGCGUCAUUCGGCACGGCCAUUGCAUUGACCUACCUCUUGCUCUCCAUCCCACUAGUCGCUACCGCACCUGUAGCCAGUGUUCUCGGCAUCGUGGCCUUCACAGUCACCGCUUUCUCCGCUUGCACGCUUUGGUACAAACAACAGAAGUAUGCUGCCUCAGAAAUCAUCGACCAAGAAAACAAGAGCCCGACCCUUCUGUCAUAA